AAUUCAUAACAUCCACACACAAAAUCCCUUCCUUUUUCUCUCUGCUCUCACCCAAUUCUCUCUGUAAUCUCUCUCUCUUUUCUUGAUGGCAGUGGUGGUGUUGAGAUGUUGUAAAACAUGAAGAGUAGAGGAGAGAGAAAUUUGAUGAGCUUCCAUGGCCAGUAACUGGGCUUGUGCAUUCUCACUUUCUCCCCACAAAUUUUAUAGCACUAGAACUCCAACCAUUUUCUUUUGUUCUAGUACUAGAAGACCCGUUUAUACUCCUAUUCUUUCUUCUGUUACUAAAGGUGGAACUCCCUACAAAAAUGCCCUUAUUUCUGAGGCUGUUAGGAUUUUAGGACCUCAAGCAAGGUUUGACGCAUCAAAGUUGACGGUGGAUUUCAUGGGACCUGAAGUUGAUGAAUACACCAGAGUUGUGCCUAGAGUCUACAUCCUCUCGCAUUGUGAUUUCACUGCAAAUUUAACCUUGACCAUCUCCAACAUAAUCAAUGUUGACCAGUUGCAAGGAUGGUACAGCAAGGAUGAUGUAGUUGCUGAAUGGAAAGAUAUAAAAGGGAAAAUGCAUUUAGUUGUUCAUUGCUAUGUCAGUGGCCCCAACAACCUCUUACGUGAUCUGGUUGCUGAGCUACGAUAUCACAUUUUCUCCAAAGAACUUCCUUUGGUGCUUCAAUCUGUUCUGUAUGGAGAUUCAGCCCUCUUUAGAGCACAUCCAGAGCUUAUGGAAGCUGUUGUAUGGGUUUAUUUCCACUCAAGUUCGGCCAAAUACAAUUGCAUUGAAUGUUGGGGUCCUCUCAAGGAUGCUGCACAAGGGGACCAAGUUCGCGGCUUGUUAACUGCUAAAGACACCAGUAACCUGCAGCAAAAACAGCAGCUACAGACUCCUAAAUCCUUUUUACAAGCUCUGUUUACUUUUCUUCUAUGAGUUGCUUUUGUACAGCAAAUCACACAAUCUUUAUUGGCCGGAAACACGAUUCUUCUUACCCACAACAUAUAUUCUUCCGGAUCCACGACUGUGAUCAGUUGAUGUAGGGAAGGCCCGGGUUUAAUACUCUGCCUUUUUUGCUGGGGGAAAACAACUAUUGAUGGGGAUAUAACUUGUAAGUUGUAAGGGGGUUUGAUGUUUCAGUUUUCCAUGGAAUUUGUCAAACACACAAUUCUCGACUGUUUUUGUUCAUUGAUUCAUUUUGUUUGAUCAAUGGCUAAUUGUUUCUGUUGUAUAGUACUCCUCCUGUAUAUUAUGGUACACAUUUUUGGUCUUA